AUGUCUCUCGAGCCGGUGAUGCCCCCUUACAACGCCUCGGACCCGUCCGCCAGCUUCCUCAGCUCGUCAUGCCUCGACUUUUUGCUCAUUGAGCUCGUGCCGCUGGCGUACCGCGUGACGCAGGAGCGCGACGGUGACGCGGCCCGGUUAGCCGAGGAGAAGAAGAGCACGAGAAGCGCCACUGCCGAUGACGACGACGAUGAUGCUCUACCUGACGCGGAUGAGCCGCCCCAGAGAGCAAGCUCGACAGCGGCGGGCAGCACGGGGCACCCGAGACGCUUCGACGACGAGGACGAGGAACUAGACGCGGUGCAUUACCGGCUGGAGUCCCAGGGAUACCGUGUCGGACAAGGUCUUGUAGAGAGAUUCUCUCGCGAUCGCCCUCGCUUAAACGACACGCUCGACGUGAUCAAAUUCCUCUGCAAGGAUCUAUGGUCGUUGGUGUUUGGCAAGAAUAUAGACAAUCUCAAGACCAAUCACAGAGGCGUUUACGUACUGACGGACAACGUCUUCCGUCCAUUUUCGCGGAUGAGCACUGUGGCGGGUGGCCAGGCCGUGGUGCGGGCACAACCGUUCCUGUGGUUCCCGUGCGGAAUCGUCCGGGGGGCGCUGGCCGCACUCGGAAUCAACGCUUCGGUGCAGGCCGAAAUCAAUGAGCUCCCCGGGGCGGUAUUCCAGAUCAAGACGCUUCCCGUAAAGACAUGA